CCUUUUUAAAGCUCUGCGCGCUCCUCUGCCCCCGCCCCGGUUCUUAGGGUUCCCGUGAAAGCGAGGCUCUUCUCUCCCCGUUUGCCCCGAUCUUUUGACGUCUCCAAGAAGGUUAGGUUAUGAAAGUUAGUCCAGUGCCAGCACCAAUCCAUCUGCCUACAGCUAAGGGAAAGGUGGCUCCAAAGGACCCUGAGGCACCAGUGGUUGAGUCUACAAUGCCUGCUUGUGCCACUGAAUAUUUGGUUUCUAGUAGCAACAUGUCCUAGCGUUCUAAUUCUCUAAAGUUGUUAUCUCAUAUUUAUAUUAUUCUAAUGUCUGAAUUUUCUAACUCAGAAGAAGGCCAUUCCAUCUAUAUUCAGAGCUCGCCUCUCAAUGCGAAGGUUCAUCAAGUCAAGGAAGAGUUCAAGAAAUUUGAAUCUAUUAAACCUGGUGGUGUCAAAGUUAGAAACCACAAAAGCAUAUUGAGCACUUUAGUAUUGGCUUUGUUGAGUUCAAGUCACUUAAAUCCAUGGAAGCUGCAUUUGAGCAAUGGCAGUGGAGGAGAGGAUACUUCCAACUGGGGAGAGGUCGAUUCAGAAAUGGCAAUUUCAGGGGACUUAAAAGCUUUGGGGUCAAUAUGGGUUCCAGGAGAAAUGACUUUGUAAUCAGGUUGAGUACUCUGGUUGUGACUGAGGGCCACCAUAGCAGGGCAAUAAUGGUCAUCAGCAAUGAGUCUUUCGGAAUGGUGGACCUAAACAACUUGCUGUUACUGCAUAAAGAAUAUUUGUCCCCUUGUUGAGACCCCAAUCUUUUGGGUGUCAACGAAGAGAUCCUCAAGCUUAGUUUGUUCCCACACUUGAAAGUUCCUAAGUUAAAUCAGUAUUGUUCUGCUGUUGCUUCCUGUGGAUCCACCAGUGCAUUACUAGGAUAAAAGCUUUUGCCACAGAGGCCUGUAGAUGAGACAAACAGGAUGAGGAUGUUUGUUGGAGUCUUUGGCACACAUCAGGGCUCUGUUUGGAGGAGUCUGCUCAAUGCAAAUGUCAGCUACGACUAUAAACACGGCGACAACUAGGGUGAAGCGAGGAGCACUUGAGACAGAGAGACUGCCAUUGUGGCUGAACCAACCCGUACUUGGUCGCGGUGAUGUGGCCUCUUUCGACACAUGGGACCCUCACAACAGCCUCGUCCGCCAUUGGGAUCAGGUAGCGUGAACCCUUUUCAUUUUUCUCUGGUGAUUCAGCACCCUGAGUGUCAGCUACACUGAUGAGGGGAGAGCCGGACCGCGACGGACGGACACGUGUCGUAAUGACCUCCACGAAACGUGCACCUCGGACAGCAGGAGACCACGUCAUCGGCUCUGGCGCCAGGUGAGAGGCGCCGCGCCGCUUGGGUGGCGUUAAUGCGUACUUCCCUUAAGCCACGUGCGACACUUCCCCCCGGGGUUAGGACACGUGUCCUCCCCGGCUCCGGCGCCGCGCCCUACCUUACACGUAGGGGCAUUUUGGACAUCACAAACACUCCUGGAGAACAUGACCCUCUGGCUUCCCCUCUCUACCGCCCGUCUCUUUCUCUCUCAUGUUUGAUGGCGUCCCUUCGAGUCGUAUACGAGACUUCAUCUUCCUGUACCCUCUCUAAUAUAUAUGAUUCUGAGCUCCAGGGGGUUCUAAGAUCUCUUUUUCGUGUUCUUUUCUCUGUUUUCUCCUCGUCCCAUAUCUUCUCUGCUUGUCCUCCUAGUCACCUCUAAACUUCGAGUCGUAGCCGACACCACCUUACGGGUUUGAAAUUAAUAGAUAAAAAAGAUCAAAACUGUGAGAAAGAAAGUUCGCUUUUUGAUCGGAAAUCUGUGUCUUUUGUUCCGCGGUUUAUAUCUGAUCUUAUGAUGGAAGUAGGGUUGGUGAAAGGGGAGGCGGAGCUGGAACGUCAGUCGUCGGUUAUCGAGAGUUCUCCGAGGGAUUUGCUUCGUAGAUUGUCUGGAAACAACUGCUUCAAUGAGCAGCGGGAGGUUCCGAGCGGGGAGUCUGAUGAGGUCGAGCUCAAUCUCAACCUCGGCCUCUCCCUCGGCGGAUGCUUGGGGGUGGACCCGAGGGGGAAGAAGCUGAUUCGGUCAUCGUCGAUCACGUCCUUCUCGUCGCUGCCGUGGGAGCACGAGUUCUCUCCGGGAACCCCGACCAUGGUGAGGACGAGCUCGUUGCCGACGGAGACGGAGGAGAAGAGGAGGAAGAUGAAGGAGUUGCAGGGCUUGAGACGGUUGGAAGCGAAGAGGAAGAGAUUGGAGAAGAGGAAGUCGAUCAAAUCAUGUAAUCCGAAAUCAGAUGUGGGUAUGGACGGAGGAAAGAGUUUGGCGCAACACUGCACAGUCAACGGCCGCCUCAGCCUUCCGAUCGGUAGCCAGUUCAGUGGGCUGUUCAGUGUAGCCACUCCUCCAGGCCUACGGCCGUGGACGUCAGGGUCUAAGAUCACCGCAGCACAGGGGUCCGAGCUCGAGAACCAGACGCCUGCUCGAGGGUUGUUCAACCUGCCUGCUUUUAGAAGUAAUGCAGAUUUCAAUGACACGGCAACUGUGCAAUCAGUCUCUGCUCACAAGACUGCAAUUGCCCCUCUCGUGUCGGGAGCUCGAAUAACCAUUACUCCCAUUGGCGGAGAAGAAGACCCUUUGGAGAAGAAGAAGAAGAAGGUAACUUCAAGUCUGGGGAGGAACAUGAUAGGGGAGAUGCCAUGUGUGUCCACCAGGGGAGAUGGCCCAAACGGGCGGAGGAUCGAGGGCUUCCUCUACAAAUACAAAAAGGGAGAAGAGGUAAGAAUAGUAUGUGUCUGCCAUGGCAGCUUCCUAACCCCAGCUGAGUUUGUUAAGCAUGCAGGAGGUGGUGAUGUAACCCACCCUCUGAGGCAUAUCGUCGUCAAUCCCAUGCCAUCAGCCUUAAUGAGUUUAAGAUGAUGAUUACCUAUGAAAGAUGGACGAAUGUUACUUGCCAGUCAAAGAGGAAAUUAGUGGACCAACCUCGAAACCCUCUCGUCGCUCGGAUGAUCCCCCCACUCCUCUCUCGAGAGCACACCCGGUGAAUGCCUCCCGCAAUCAAGAACGUUCAAUAUAAAUUGGACGGGUGAUACAUGACUGUGAUCACACGGUCAUACGUCGACCGGUGUAUUUACGAUCCGGGCGAAUUGAGGGCCGGCCCAACUUACCUUCUUUAAACGGGCUUUCAUUUGAGACCCUUAACGGGCUCCAUAGUGGGCCUUACGCGCAAUAGGAGAGUAAUACAAGUGCAAUUAUUGCUUUACAGAAUUAUAUGAUAUAAUAAUACGUAAUUAUGGCUUUCCAC